AUGGUGCUCGAAGCUACUAUGAUAGUUCUUGAUAACUCAGAAUGGAUGCGCAAUGGGGACUACAUGCCUACUCGAAUGGAAGCACAAAAUGACGCAGUGAAUUUGAUAUUUGCCUCAAAGACGCAACAACACCCCGAGAACACUGUAGGAUUGAUGACUAUGGCUGGAAAAGGACCUGAAGUCCUAGUCACGCCAACUGCCGACAUUGGUAAAAUUCUCGCCGCAAUGCAUAAAACGAAAAUCGGAGGAAAAGCGAGCAUUACUACUGGAAUUCAAGUGGCACAGCUUGCACUCAAACAUAGACAGAAUAAAAAUCAAAGUCAGCGGAUCAUAGUUUUUGUGGGUAGUCCAAUUGAUGCAGAUGAGAAGACUCUUAUAAGGCUAGCGAAGAAAACCAAGAAAAAUAGUGUUGCAGUCGAUAUAGUUAGCUUUGGGGAAGGAGAAGAGAAUGAGCGGAAAUUGGAGGCAUUCAUGUCAAAUGUCAAUGCUGGGAACAACAGUCAUCUAGCGACUAUUCCUCCCGGUUCUACAAUUCUUAGCCAAACAUUGGUUCAAACGCCGAUAAUAAUGAGUGAAGAUGGAGACACUAGCAUGUUUAACGGUGGUGAUAUGGUUGAUCCAAACCUUGAUCCCGAACUGGCUCUCGCUAUAAGAAUUUCCCUUGAAGAAGAUAAAGCGAGAAGAGAACAGGAAGCGGCGAAAGCGGCUGGUCAGCAAGAGGCAGAAUCAAGCACAAUGGCCGUUGAUAGUACUAUCGAGGAAGAACAGAAACUAUUGAAUGCGGCCUUGUCCGCAUCGAUGGAGACUAACGAUGGAGAUAUACAUAUGCAAGAGCUUACUGAAGAAGAACAAAUGGAACGAGCCAUUGCAAUGUCAAUGCAACAAGCGGGAGAACAAUCGGGUUCCAAUAACAUGAGCGAUGUCCUAGGAUCCUUGCCAGGACUAGAUGCUGACGAUCCUCGAUUAAAAGACAUAUUGGAAGAUUUAGUGAGAGACGAUGCCAAUACAAAGGAAGAUGAUAAAUCCCCAAAAGAUACUCAGCAUUGA